AUGGGUUUCGUGUCGCACGGCCCCGGCCAGGACAGAAAAGAAGGACGAACUAUCGUGUACCCCUGGAUGGCGUAUAACCCUACUGCCGGAUCCCGCUGGCGUUUCGUGCCUAAUGGCCAAUCCGGGUCGACAUGGUUCAUGGCCUUGUCAUGCGCCCUCACCCAACGUCAUGGCAACUGGCACCAGCAGCCCAUUCUCGUCUGGUCACACACUGUACGCGUAGCAGCAACGCCUGGCCAUGAGAAGAGGUUGGAUGUGCAGCACCAGCGGUACAGGACUGCUACUACCGUGUACCACGUAACCGUCUGGUCUCCACUACCCACUGCGCCAGCACCAGCAAUCCGCGUGCUUUGUCUAGCACGGGCGCCACUAGGCCAGCCAUGCCCUCAUGAACUUGUAAUGACCGUGGGAGGGAAAAAGGACAAGGAACCGAAUUCGGCCCGACCGAGGGCGGCGCCAAGGGGCGCAGAGGCUGAGCACCGCAUUUUUGCAGCGCGAGACCCGCGAUGCAGUCGGGCAUGGUGGAGAGAAACGAGGCGCAUGGCCGAAUGGUGGGUGCCUGCCUGCCUGCCUUCCCGGCAAACCCAAGCCCAAGUGCCGCCUCGCUGCCUCGCCGCCUCGCCGCCACAAUUUCAUUCCCAUACUCACACACCCACACCCUCUCCGCCUACACAUGGAAACACUCCCCAACGGGCCGGAGCUGUCUCCGCCGCAACCUCUCCAAUGAACUCCCAACCGCCUGAAACAUGGCCAUACUGCAGCAUCCACGCUCCAUCCCAACGUGCGACUUGCUAG